UCUAUGUCACGGAGAAGAAAACGAAUGUUGUCACAUUCCAACAACACUCUUUCGUCUUUAUAUAUCACUCUCUCCUGCACUGCACUAAAAGCUGACUAGUCAACUCCUCCGGUUGCUUCUUCCUUGUUUUUUUUUUUUGUAAUAAAAAAAUAAUAAACACCAAGAUUCCGGCGACGGCGAGUUCUGCCGGACUUCUGAUGAAAUGAGGCCAAGAACAAGAAGGCAAUGGGAUGACCAUUACAAGAAUUUGUACAAUGAAAAGAAGAGAGCUAAUGUAGAGAGUAGUACUAGUGGUGGAGUUCGCAGGCGGAGAGACGAACGGGUCGGAAAUGCCGUUGAUUCGGAGGAGCCUAUAAAUAAUUAUAUGGAUCAAGAUUUUAUUAUAAUUGGUGAGAAGAAUAGUACCGAAGAUAAUUAUGUAACUAGUUCCGAGAAAAGAUCGAGCCGAAGAAGGACUAGAAAUUCGGCCUCGUUUGAUCGGGGUUUAGGGGGGAAAAACAAAGCAAAUACGAAUAAUGACAGCUAUGAAAAUGAUGAUGUGGUUGAGUAUUUGGGGGGAAAUAUUUUCUCGAGUGGCUCCAGUUCGAAAUUUGGGCCCGAGUUGGGUAAUAAUAAUGUCGAUGUAGACAAUUCGAGCAAGAGUUCAGACAAUGCGGAUUAUAAGUCGCUUGAUUUGUCUUUGUCUGAAGAUGAAGAUGAUGGAGAUGAAGAAUCUUCUGAUGAAGAUUAUAAAGUGGAUAAAAUACCGUCGCCUGCUGAGUCAUCGGAUGAUGCGUCGUCAAAUUACGACACUGAAGAUGAAGUGAUGAUUAUCGAACAAGAGACGAAAUCUCCGGACAACGAAAGUGAACCCGAGCAAAAAAGUGAUCGUCACAACAAGAAAAGUGCUCGUAAUCGGAAAAAAGAGGAUGUUGUAAUUAUCAAUGACGAUGACGAAAAAAGAAAUAUUGGUGCAAGAUUAAGUAGAGUCCAUAAACCACGUUUAAUUGAUACGAGCAAUGAAGUCAGCGAAAAAUCGAAAGAUGGCGGUUUAAAGAAGAGAAAAGCUUUGAUUUUAGAAGAUUCUGACAAGGGAAAUGACAAAGAUGACGCUACAACUUCGGUAAAGCAUCUUUUUCGACCGAGACCAGUUUCCACGUCUCCGAACAAUGAAUGUUUCGAAAGUGGUAAAUCUUGGAGUAAGUGGGGUCCACCAUGCUCGGAGAAAGUGGCUAAGAUCGGAAAGAAGCAAAGAAAUAUUGAAUUGAUCAACAUUUUGGUGGAAUCGAUUAAUUUAUUCAAGGAGCAAAAAAGUCCGAUCGAAGAGAGCCGUUUCGCUGCACAAGAAAAACUUCCGAUGAGGUUCCGGUUCGAGGAUGAGGUGGAGCCCACCGUAGAGAAAUCGGAAUGGGAGAAAGAUAUGGAUUCACUAUUCCAUGAUCUCGAAUUGGGGCUUCGUGGAUUUGAGAUCGACCACAUUUCUUCUAAGACGGAAAAUGACGAUGUUGUGGAGAUUGAUACGAGUCCAGCGGCUUGUUGUCGUAGAGGGGAGCAUCAGCUUAUUCUCGAGGACGAAAUCGGAAUUGUUUGUAAAUAUUGCGCUGCCGUAAUUUUGGAAAUCAAAUAUGUAUUACCGCCGUUUUACACGGCACCAUCCAGGAAACGGGACAGGAGAGAAUAUUCCGAAGAAUAUUCUCCAAACUCCAAAACCGAUCGGCAAAUCCAAUUUCAAGACGCCGCCUAUAAAGAAGCAGCUCCGGAUUCCAUCGGCACUCGUGGCACGGUGUGGGAUUUAAUCCCAGGAGUAGAGAACGAGAUGUACCCUCACCAAAGAGAGGGCUUCGAGUUCAUAUGGAGGAACAUCGCUGGCGGCACCAGCCUCUGCAACCUGCAGCAGCCGCUCACCGACACUGGCGGCAAAGGGUGCAUCAUCUCCCACGCGCCUGGAACCGGCAAGACGAGACUGACGAUAGUGUUUCUCGCCACAUUUUUGAAGCUCUACCCAAACUGCCGCCCAGUCAUCAUCGCGCCGAAAGGGAUGCUCCUCACAUGGGAAACAGAAUUCGUCAAGUGGAAAGUCAACAUCCCGUUCCACAACAUGAACAAGGAGGAGCUGUCGGAAAACGAAAACGAAUUUGCCGCCAAAAUAUGCGCGCAGCUUGGCGGCGGCGGCGGAAUUAGCAAGGAACACGUUCGGUGGGUGAAGCUGUGUAAGUGGAUGCAAGGGAGGAGCAUAUUAGGAAUCAGCUACCAACUGUUCGAAAAACUUGUCGGAGUAAAAACCCAAAAAGGCGACAAAAACAAGAACAAAAACGAGAACGAAAACGAGAAAAUGAGAGAGUUCCUUCUAGAAUAUCCAGGGCUAUUAGUGCUCGACGAAGGGCACACCCCUCGAAACCAGCAAAGCCUCAUAUGGAAGGCACUCACGAAAGUCUCAACGAAAAGAUGCAUUAUUUUAUCCGGUACGCCUUUUCAGAACAAUCUCACCGAGCUAUACAACACGCUCUGCCUCGUGAAUCCAAGUAUCGCGAAUCAGGGGAAUUGGUGUGGAAAUAGCAAAAAAACUCGGGGGCGGCCCCCCAAGAGUGCCGACCGUAAGGAGUGGACGAAUUUGGGUAAGAAUACGGACGAUGGAUUGAAGAAGCUUAAAAUGAUGCUCGAUCCGUUUGUUCAUGUACACAGAGGGACCAUACUUGAGGAGAGUUUGCCUGGAUUGAGGGACACGAUCGUCUUUUUGCACCCGACCGAACUUCAGAAGAACCUUCUAGAAACUUGCGCCCAAGAACGGCGCAUAUUCCACCGUACCAACCUCGUGUCAAUGGUCUCGGUCCACCCGUCGCUCUUCCCGGAGGAGAAGAGAAGGUCCGUUGCUCAGAAGAACGUUCUAGAAGAGAUCGAAUCGGAUAUCGAAGCGGGAGUGAAACUGAAGUUCGUCAUGAAGUUAAUAUACUUGGCCGAUGCUUUAGGCGAACGGGUUUUGAUCUUCAGCCAGUACAUACAUCCGUUAGUGUUCAUCAAGAAGCAAAUCAAGUCGCACUUUUCUUGGAACGAAGGUCGAGAGAUACUAUACAUGGACGGACAGCUGGACGAGAGACAAAGGCAAGAUUCGAUAUCGUCGUUCAACGACGAGAGGAGCGAGGCGAAGGUGCUGCUUGCUUCGUUGAGGGCUUGUUCGGAGGGGAUAAAUCUGGUGGGUGCGUCGAGGGUGGUGUUGCUCGAUACGGUGUGGAACCCUUCGGUCGAGAAGCAGGCGAUUAGUAGGGCGUAUAGGAUUGGUCAGAAGAGGGUUGUUUAUGUGUACCGUUUGUUUACGUCGGGGACUGAGGUUCGGCAGUAUUCGCAGCAGGCGUAUAAGGAGAGGAUUUCGCAGCUCAUAUUUGCUGACGUGGACGAUGAUGGAGAAAUUUGUCGGAGUGAUAAGUCGAAGAUGGUGAAUGAGGAUAAAGUGUUGGAUGCUAUGGCUGGGAUUGAGGGGUUUGGAGAUAUAUUUGAGAAAAUUAUACAUCAGCCUAAGGAAUCUGAUCUCAUUCAGAUGUUUGGUUUGGUUGAUUGUAACUGAAUUAACUGCUAAAUUAACUGCUACUCUGUGUGUGUGUGUGUGUGUGUUUGUGUGUUCAAUUAGUGCAAUUUCUUUUGUGACUCAUGAAUUGUAAGAAUGUGAUUUACCUACAUUUCGGUUUCGGUUUCAGCUUCGAGACAAACCACGAAACGUGUGCAAACAAUUUCAACAAAUAAAUCAAGUAAAACUAUCGACGACAAAUGCCGAUGUUUCUUCGGUUAGUGUGCAACACACAACAUUGAAGUUGUAAAAACAAACCUCAAUUGCUUUGUGCAGAAAAAAAAAAUGUGGUUAUCUCUCAACCAUAUUAGCACAUAAACAAACCUCUUGUACAUAUACAAGAUAUCGUCA